AUGAAGCUUGCUUUUACUUUACCAAGAUCUGCAGGGAUGUACAUGUUGCUGCUAGUGUCAACUCUUCUACUUUGGGAGCAUGUGGCCUCCAAACCAAGUGGCCUUGUGUCCAUUGAAGCUCUGUAUAAUCGUGUGGUGGAACACUCUCAUACCUCAUAUGUCCUGGCUGCAGAUAUAUAUCGUGAAUUUGAUUUAAACUUUUUCAAGAGAAGCUGGUUUACAGACAGAACACUCAGCCUAUGCCACACAGCUUCCAUCUAUACUCCAGAGACUCGUCAGGAAGUCCAUGACACAAAAACUGAAGACCUUCUGAAAGCAAUCGUCAAUAUUACUCAUUCCUGGGAAGAACCACUGAAACACCUGUUGUCUGCAGUGCCUACUCUCCCAGGAGCUUCUGAUAAUAUGCUGAAAUCAGCCAAUGCUGUGAAAGAAAAAAAUCAUAUACUUCUGGAAGGAAUUGAGGCCAUCCUCAACAAGACCCAGGUUGAAGUUGAAGAUGACACAUACCCUGAUUGGUCUGGACUGUCAGAUUUGCAGUCAUCUGAUGAAGAGACUCGUCUUUUUGAAUUUUUUAACCUGUGCCGUUGCCUGAGAAGGGAUACACACAAGGUUGACACUUUUCUCAAGGUCUUGAGGUGCAGAGUUGUCUAUAAUAAUGAGUGUAUGUAUUAUCAAUGA